CUGCACUGUCGGCCAGGCUGCCCGCGUCCGCCGCGCCGGCCGGGUUAUCGUCAGUCUGGUCGCCGUCAGUGCGAUAGUGCCCGUCGAUCCGAGCAGCAACCCGUCACGACGCGGUCCUAGCGCCCUAGCGCCGCCGCACGCGCACUAAGCACGCACGAGGGUUCGCGGCGCACUGCGGGUUGCCUACCAAGCCGCGGCAGCGAGGGUGGCGCCUUCGCACAGCCUUCGCAUACCCUUCACACGCAGCUGGUGAACGAGCAGACACUCUGACCGGCAAUGAGUAAGAACGGACACGAAGGAGGGCACAGGCUCUCGGAGCAGCUGCUGAGCCCCGUCGUUGACAAGGUGGUGAGCAGCGAGUCCAAGAUCACGGUCGUGGGCACCGGCCAGGUCGGCAUGGCCUGCGCCUUCAGCCUCCUCUCGCAGAACGUGACGUCUGACCUGGUGCUGGUGGACAUGGUGGAGGACCAAGCUCACGGUCGAGAGACGGCCUGCAGUCCCGGCUGCAGCCCCGUUCGAUGAGGCCCUCUUCAUCCCCUUCACCCCGCAGACUACGCGGCCACGGCGGGCUCCAGGGUGUGCAUCGUGACGGCGGGCGCGCGCCAGAAGCCGGGCGAGUCGCGCCUGGAGCUGGUGCAGCGCAACACGGACAUCUUCCGCAGCAUCAUCCCGCAGCUCGUGAAGCACUCCCCCGACACCAUCCUCCUCAUCGUCAGCAACCCAGUGGACAUCCUGACGUACGUGGCGUGGAAGCUGUCCGGGCUGCCGCACCACCGCGUCAUGGGGUCCGGCACCAACCUGGACUCGUCGCGGUUCCGCUUCCUGCUGUCGCAGCGCCUCGGCGUGGCGCCCACCUCCUGCCACGGCUGGAUCAUCGGCGAGCACGGCGACACCAGCGUGCCCGUCUGGUCCGGCGUGAACGUGGCGGGCGUGCGCCUGCGGGACAUCGACCCGUCGCUGGGCAGCAAGACGGACGCCGAGAAGUGGUCCGAGGUCCACCGGCAGGUCGUCUCGAGCGCGUACGAGAUCAUUCAGCUCAAGGGCUACACCUCGUGGGCCAUCGGGCUGAGCGUGUCGGCGCUGUGCCAGGACAUCCUCCGCAACAGCCACAACGUGAACGCCGUGUCCACGCUGGUGCGCGGCCACCACGGCGUCGACGACGACGUGUUCCUGUCGCUGCCGUCCGUCCUGGGCCGCCAGGGCGUCGAGCAGAUCGUCCGCCAGAGGCUCACCGACGACGAGACCGCCAUGCUGCAGAAGUCCGCCACCGCCAUGGCCAAGGUGCAGGAGGGGCUGCGGCUCUUUUGAACAAGUUCCUCCGCCUCGUCUUCACUUCCACUGUCUCAUCUUCUUUCCUGAACCAUUAUCCUAGUUGAAUUUUCCAUUCCGGUUCGUUGGCUACAGUUUGCAGCCAUCAAUCGACCUGUGUGCAGCAUUUACCAGACAGCGGACGGUUAUACUAUUUGUGUAGCUCUCUCACGAUUGGCUUUAACUCGCGCACUCGUAUAGUUAUUUAUUUAUUUGACUGAUUUGUUUUAGGCAUUUAAUUUGUGUGCUAUUGUACUACUUACUUCAUCCUCUGUGAAGGUUAAAAUAAUAAGUGAUAUACCCACCGACGA